ACUUCGUCACAUUGUAACAUCCUUUCCGGAAGUUUCGUUUUGAACGCAGUGUCAGUUAGGCUAACUGAUUAGCUUGUAUUUAGCUGGUGUAAAACCGCUUCAGUUUAACCUCUGAUAUGUUCGAAAAAUGCCCUCAAAGCAACAAUGCGUAUGGGCCAAGUUAAUGGCUACAAAGUAACGCCAGAUUAUUCCGCAUCUCAGCGUUUACUAUGAGCUCCUUAUCAGCCGAGACUUCUGCCUCAAGCUCAUCAUGCAGGGCUGGAGGGCCUGGAGAUGGGAAUCAGGUCCAACCCAAAGCCCCACUCUUACAGCUAUUGCGUAUUGCUGGAGCCCAGGAGGAUGUCUUCACACUCAAAGAGGUGAUGCACUACCUGGGUGAAUACAUCAAUGGGAAGCAGCUCUAUGACAAACAGAGGCAGCACAUCGUCCACUGCCAGGAUGACCCCUUAGGAGAGCUGCUGGAAGUGGACAGCUUCUCUGUGAAAAACCCAAGCCCAGUGUAUGAGAUGCUCAAGAAAUACGUCAUAGUACUCGGUAGUGCUGACGCUGCAGAGAAUCUUUCUGUGGGCCAUGAAUGUGUAGAGGGCGGAGUGGAGGAUCGUGGUCAGAUGUGCGGGGGUGUGAUCAAAGCAGGACUAGAGGCUACCAGUGACGGGCCUCCCCUGCAGACUUCUUCCCAAAGAAGACCUCGGGAGCCUGAUGAAGACUCACUUGAAGGUUUGCCACGUUCAGCCUGCAAACGACCCAAAUUAGAGGUCACUCUUGAUGAGUGGGACCUGUCUGGAUUGCCCUGGUGGUUUCUGGGUAACCUCCGCAGUAACUACAACCGCAGGAGCAAUGGCUCUACUGAUAUUCACACCAACCAAAUGUCUCCUGCACAGGAGGAGGACACGGCUAUUGUGUCGGACACCACAGACGACCUGUGGUUCCUGACAGAGGGUGGGAGUGAGCAAGUGAGUGUGGAGAUGAAGGAAGCUGCGCUGGAGGAGGGAAGCGCAGGAGAAGGAGAGGCUCUGCCUGAGGAGGAGGAUGGAGGUGGAAAGGAGGAGAAGUCAGAUCUAGAGAUGCAGGAGGAGCCUGAUGAAGACUCCCAGUGCCUCAGUGAUGACACAGAUACUGAGAUCUCCACACAGGAUGCAUGGCAGUGCAGCGAAUGCAGGAAGUACAACUCUCCUCUCCAGAGGUACUGUGUUCGCUGCUGGGCCCUCCGCAGGAACUGGUACAAAGAUGUGCCCCGACUGGCCCAUUCCCUUUCUGUUCCUGACAUCCCAGCAUGCAGCGCUCUCACCCGCCACGACGAGGAAGAUGACAGCGACACCGGCAUCGAUAUCCCAGACUGCAUCAGGACGGUUUCGGAUCCCGUCAUCUUGCCCUCCCACUCCACACCAGAUCGGCCGCUGCCCACCAUGAUUACGUGCAAAGGGAAGGGACCUCGGCGCCCCGUCGGCUACAAGGACGAGCUGCUCUCAGGCGGGGAGGGUCAGGAGAGUCUGGGCAUGGAGGUGGAAGUUAGACCAGAGGCACUGCUGGAGCCGUGCAAGCUCUGCAGAGUUCGACCGCGUAAUGGAAAUAUUAUCCACGGACGUACAGCUCACCUACUGACCUGCUUCCCAUGUGCCAGGAGGCUCCAUAAAUUCCAGGCUCCUUGCCCAGGAUGUGGGAAAAUAAUCCAGAAAGUUAUAAAGAUAUUCGUCCUCUAACCUAACAUAAAAAUAACAUGCACACCCAUCAGCGCAUUCAUUUGCAUGCUGUGUGUGUGUAUGUGCACACCACCUCACCAUGUCACCUCAGCACUUUGCUCUUGGUUGCACGCUUCAGCAUCAGUCUCUGAAGGACUUCUGGAGACACUUUUGUCUUUGUGCCACAUUCACAUAAUGGAUCAGUAGGAGCAGAGCGAUAUAUUUAUUUAUGAGUGCAGGUGCUUGUAAAAGCAUGAGAUGUCAUGAAGGCUUCUUGGUUGGUGCCAUCUGUAAAGGAGUGUUGUUUGUCUUUAGGGAUUACUGAAGUACAUUUUGCUUGUACUACAAAGAAUUUGAAUUUAUUUUUUAUUUUUUUGUGGCUCUUGGAUACAAUUUGAAGACCCAAUUGAAGAGAAAGCACAAUGCUCUUAUUUCCUGUGAUAUCUUGUGGAAGUCAGUGUGCUCAUGAGUUGACUUACUCAUUGAUUUCAGCCUCUGCAGUAUUUGAUGUUUUUGUGCGUAGAAUAGUCUCAAAAUGACGGUGCAACACACAUUGCCAUACUCUGAACUUUUUAAUGUUUUCUCUCAGGAGGGCUUAUUUUACCAGCCCUUUUGAACCAGAUUAAUUAACAAUACCCGAGGAUGUUGUAUUUAAUUUAUUUAUGAGUUGAAAUUGGUAGGGCCACCACUAAUGAAUGAGAUUCCUGCACUUUGCUCUGUUGAAGAGCUGUCAGUCAAAUUAGUCCAAUGAAAAAAAAAAAAACUAGUCUUAAUGAAUUGAAUUGUAGCCUGUAAAAUGGUUUUAGUACUUCGAGGGAGGGUGGUGGGGGUUGGUUUGACUGUUUUCACUGCCAUGUUAGGAUUUUUUUAUUGCUGCAUUUUUUUUUCGAUGCUUGUGUUAUUUUGAACAUUGUAGUAUCUAAACUUUCAUUACCUUUUGAGUGAUGAUGUUUUGAGCCUUCUCCAUAAGCUGUAUAGGUGUCACCAGGCUUCUGUGAAGUUGUCAUUGAAUUUUUGGGCUCUUUAGUUGCGCUUAAUUUCACUGCCACCAGGGGGCGAGAAAUCCCACUGUGAUGUGUUGUGUUGACAAGCUGUACAUUAGCACUCAAGGCGGCAUGCAUGCAAUCUGUAAGGACUGUACGGCCAGCAAUGACCUGACGGGGGAGCGACAUUGGCUGUAUAGAUGUCGUCUGUAAAAGAUCAGUGUGGCUUGUUUGUGUUUAUGGCUCUUGAGAAAUAAAUCUAUUGCAUAAACACAAUGAUAGCACUAUGGUGUAAUGUGCUUUAUCUUGGCUUCAAAGCUGCACAACCCAAUGUGAGAAUAGAAUACACACACACACACACACACACACCUCCUACUGUAGAACAACUGGGUGUUCUGAAAAAAAAAUCGUACUCAAAAGUCAAUGAGAAACCAUAGCAAUGCAAGACAGCUCAAGUCUGCUGCAAGUGCGUUUAGCUUUUUCUUAGGCUUUGCUUGUGUGAGGCCCCACACACGUGAUGGCACAGUGUGAUGGUAACCAUAGAACCAGAAAAUGGAACUUUUGACAGCUUGACUGCU